AUGGAUGUACGCUUUUACCCCGCCGCGGCGGGCAGCUCGCUGCCCGGGGACCCCUCCAACCUGGACUUUGCCCAGUGUUUGGGCUACUACAGCUACAACAAGUUUGGAAACAAUAACAACUACAUGAACAUGGCAGAGGCAAAUAAUGCGUUUCUUGCUGCAAAUGAGCAGACCUUCCACACGCCGAGCCUGGGCGACGAGGAGUUCGAGAUCCCGCCGAUUACGCCCCCGCCCGAGGCGGACCCCGCCCUGGGCAUGGCCGAGGACGCCCUGCUGCCCUUCGCCGGCCUGGGAGAGCAGCUGCCCGCCCCGGGGAGCGACUUCACGCCGCAGUUCCCGCCGCAGAGCUUGGACCUUCCCUCCAUUACCAUCUCGCGGAACCUGGUGGAGCAAGACGGCGUCAUCCACAGCAACGGGCUGCACCUGGAUCAGAGUCACACGCAGGUUUCUCAGUAUCGCCAAGACCACUCGUUGAUCAUGAGGUCUAUCGUGCACAUGGCGGACGCGGCUCAUUCGGGGAUGAUGCCUCCAGCUCAGCUAACCACCAUCAACCAGUCUCAGCUGAGCGCCCAGCUGGGGCUAAAUUUAGGAGGCACGAACCUGCCGCACACUUCUCCCUCCCCCCCUGCAAGUAAAUCGGCCACUCCUUCGCCGUCCAGCUCUAUCAACGAGGAAGAUGCGGAUGAAUCAAACAGAGCCACUGGAGAAAAAAGAGCUGCCCCGGAUUCUGGCAAGAAGCCCAAGACUCCGAAGAAGAAGAAAAAGAAAGAUCCCAAUGAGCCACAAAAGCCGGUGUCAGCGUAUGCCCUAUUCUUCAGAGAUACCCAGGCUGCAAUUAAAGGGCAGAACCCUAAUGCUACAUUUGGAGAGGUUUCAAAAAUAGUGGCAUCUAUGUGGGACAGUUUAGGAGAAGAACAAAAACAGGUGUAUAAAAGAAAAACUGAAGCUGCCAAAAAAGAAUACUUAAAGGCGCUUGCUGCCUAUAGAGCAAGCCUUGUUUCCAAGGCAGCUGCAGAGUCUGCUGAAGCCCAGACCAUUCGUUCUGUUCAGCAAACGUUGGCAUCCACAAAUUUGUCUUCCUCCCUCAUUCUGAAUACUUCUCUUUCGCAACAUGCAACAGUGUCUGCAUCUCCUCAAACUCUUCAGCAGUCCCUUCCCAGGGCGAUUGCUCCCAAGCCUUUGACCAUGAGACUGCCCAUGAAUCAGAUUGUAGCUUCUGUUACCAUUGCACCAAACAUGCCCACAAACAUUGCAGCUCCGUUGAUAAGCUCUAUGGGCACAAACAUGGUGGCAACACCAUCUUCAUCUCAAGUAAGUCCCUCCUUGCAAAGCCAGCAGCACCAGAUACAGCAGCUCCAGCAGCAACAGAUGCAGCAGAUGCAACAGCAGCAACUCCACCAGCAUCAAAUGCAUCAGCAAAUACAACAACAGAUGCAGCAGCAGCAUUUCCAGCACCACAUGCAGCAACACUUGCAGCAGCAACAGCAUCUUCAGCAGCAAAUGAGUCAGCAGCAAAUGCAGCAGCAGCUGCAGCACAUGCAGAUGCAGCAGCAAAUGCAGCAGCAGCUGCAGCACAUGCAGCACCAGUCGCAGCCUUCCCCGCAGCAGCACUCUCCAGUGGCCUCUCAGAUCACCUCUCCCAUCCCGGCCCUGGGGAGCCCGCAGCCGGCACCUCAGCAGCACCAGGCACAGAUACAGCCUCAGACACAGACUCAAGUAUUAUCACAGGUCAGUAUUUUCUGAAGAUAAAUGAUGCUGCAACGUCGCUGUGCGUUUAUCGAGGGGGUAGGGGUAAACCAUAUUUGGCUGGAAACUGUAAAUUGUUGAUGGUUGUUAUGCAGGGAUGUAUAACAGAUCAAAUGAUCCUCUAAAGUGUCUAUUAGAUAGGCAAUAAAGAACUACAAUGUAGCUGUGUAUCAUCUUUUAGCUGACUAUAAAUCAUU